GGAUGUUGAAUGUCUCGAGGUUUUCAAAAUCAUCAACUCAUCAACUCAUCAACUCAUCUACUCAUCCACUCUUUACUCAUUCACUCAUUGAAUCAAUCAUUCAUUCGUUUUCACAACACAGCUUACAGUCAAGCAAAUCAAUCACCACAGCUCAUUCAGCAAAGUUAUAUCAAUAACUUCACUUCAAUCAAUCAUCAUGGUUUCAAUCAAGACCCUCGCUAUCCUCUUGUUCUCUGUUAUUGCAGUUGACGCCGCAGCAGUCAUUGGCAAAGCUGAAGGUUUCGCUGCUUCAGCCACUGGAGGUGGAUCUGCCGCUGGUGCAUCCCCAAAGGACCUUACUGAGCUUGUCAACUGGCUCUCCGAUGGUGUUGCCCGUACCAUUGUCCUUGACAAGACCUGGGAUUUCACAGGCUCCAUGGGCUCAAAGACCGAAAAGGGAUGCACACCCCUCUCAAACACCUGCACCAACGGUGCCGGGCAAGAUUCAGUCGAUAUCAAUGGCUGGUGUGAACAGGCUGCAAAUGCCAACCAAAAUCUUCCCAAGCCAACCAUCACUUACGAUGUCGCCGGUAUUCCUCCAAGUGCUAUCAAGCUCGGUUCCAACAAAUCCAUUAUCGGAGUUGGAUCUGCCGGAAAGAUUAAGGGUAGAGGUUUCUACAUUGCAGGUGCUAAGAACAUCAUUAUCCAGAACGUUGAGUUCAUCGAGAUGAACCCCAAGUACAUCUGGGGUGGAGAUGCUAUCUCCGUUGACGGCACUGAUCUUUUGUGGAUCGAUCACGUCAAGAUCUCCCGAAUUGGUCGUCAAUUCAUUACUAUGGGUCCUGGCGCUUCCAACCGUGUCACCAUCUCCAACUCCGAGUUUGAUGGUACUACUCUUUGGUCUGCUAAGUGCAACAACCACCAUUACUGGACAUUGUACUUCACUGGAUCCCAAGAUACUGUCACUUUCAAGGGCAACUACAUCCACAACACAAGUGGUCGUGGACCCAAGGUUGGAGGCCUGCACUCCUCAGUCACUCCAAAUGUCUUCCUCCAAGCUUCCAACAACUACUGGUCAAACGUCGCAGGAAAUGCAUUCCAAAUCGGCGAGGGAGCAAAGGUACUUGCCGAGGGCAACAUUUUCGAGAGCGUAACUACACCCGUCAUCUUCGACAUUACCAGCAACCCUCUUUGGUCUUCCAGCAGUGGUGUUGCAGGAUGUGCUUCGAUCCUUGGUCGCAACUGCCAGGCCAAUAGCCUUGUCUCAUCUGGAUCUUUCGCUGGCACCAACACUAAUGUUUUGACUGCUGCAAAGGGAUUGUCCCUUGCUUCUGUCGCCGAUGUUGGAACUACCAAGGCCAGUGUUCUCAAGAACGCCGGUAUUGGAAAGAUUUAAGUGAUGGGUUGGAGAUGGUAGACUGGAGGGAUGAAGGGAGGGGGGACAAGGGGGGAGAGGGACAACAGAAGGAGAGAGUGAGAUGGAAAUGAUCUAGGCAACAAAUUUAUAGGAGUCGUUAUAAUAAAAUAGUCAUUUUUUGUUUUA